CAUAUAUGAUUUUAAUGUUGCAAUAAGCCAAUAGCUCAGUUCUGAAUCUUGCUCUCCUCUUUUUUCCUUUUGCCUUCCUCUUAUAAGUGAUCCUUUUUUUCUUCCUGACGACAACGUGACGUGUGAGAUACGUCAUGGGAAGAGUUGCUGUGCUUGUCAUAUUAUUGUUCGUGACAAUACUAACAUGGGUGGCUGAAGGACAAGACCAAGAAUCAUGGGCCAAGAGGGUCGACACAGGCAAGGAAGUAGUAACAACUCUUCAAUUCUACUUCCAUGACAAGCUUAGUGGAUCCAAUCCAAGUGCAGUUCGGAUCGCACAAGCUGAUGGGACCAACAAUUCAAAUACCUUAUUUGGGGCUCUGUUGAUGAUUGAUGAUGCACUAACUAUUGGACCAGAACCAACUUCAAAGCUAAUUGGUCGAGCCCGUGGACUAUACGGGUCAGCUGGUCAAACUGAUAUGGGCCUUAUCAUGGUGGUGAGCUAUGGGUUCACAGAUGGUAUCUACCAAGGGAGUUCAUUUAGCCUAUUAAGCUUGAACCCGGCAAUGAAUCCGGUUCGUGAAAUGGCUAUCGUGGGUGGGACCGGUCUUUUCCGGUUGGCUCGUGGGUACGCUAUUGCUCAGACUUAUUCGGCCAAUGCUAGUGGUGAUGCUAUUGUUGGCUACAAUGUUACCCUUGUCACAUAUGUUUGAUUUAUUUAAUGUUUUUUUUACACUGUCUGUGUGUAGAGUGUGUUACAAUUAGUCUAAAAAUUUAAUUUCCAAGCAUAUUUUGUUGAAUUAUCUUAUAUUAUAUUAGCUGCUCUAUUUUAUAAACCAAAGUUUUUGAUAC